AUGACUCUCUCAUGUGCAGCUGGUUUAAGUGAAAAAAGAGAUUCAGAUGGAGAUACUCCACUUCUUGAGGCAUGUUAUAGAGGAGAUUUUCAAUUAACAAAAUCUCUUAUUGAAGGAGGUUGUGAUAAAAAUGCAGUUAACAAAAUGGGAAGCAAUUGUUUACUUUUAGCUUCAUAUCAUGGACAUCUUGAAAUUGUAAAAUAUUUAAUUGGACUUGGAUUUGACAAGAAUUAUCGAAAAAAAACUGAUGGAGCUGAUGCAAUAUACGCUGCAUCGCAAGAAGGUCAUCUUGAAAUAGUUAAAUAUCUUAUAUCAAUUGGAGCUAAUCCAAAUUCAAAAAGAGAUGCUGGAUUUACUCCAUUAACUAUUGCAUCAGAAAAUGGUCAUCUUGAAGUAGUUAAAUAUCUAAUUUCAGUUGGAGCUAACCCAGAUGUAAAAUAUAGUAAUGGAUGGUCUCCAAUAAUUAUGGCAUCAACAAUGGAUCAUCUUGAAGUAGUUAAAUACCUCAUUCAUUGUGGGUGCAAUAAAAAUGAUAAAACAGAUAAUAAUGAUUCGGCACUUCAUUGGGCAUCACAAAGAGGAAAUUUUGAUGUCGUUGAAUAUUUAGUUUCAAUUCGGGCCAAUCUUAAUGAUAAAAACAAUGGCGGGAAAACUCCACUUGAUUUAGCAAAAGCAAAACAAAACGUAAAUGGGAACUACAGAAAGAUUGUGAAUCUUCUUAUUAAGGCAGGAGCACGUUAA